GCAGAGGUGAGCUUCUCUCCACUUAGGAAAAUGCUGAUGAGCAGCCGUGGAUUUCCAAAACUUUUUAUCCCAAUAAGAGUUUAACUUUGAAUAAUCAAGGAGACUGACGCCAGCUGGAGCAACACAAACUGUUUCUCUAAGAUAUUAAGAUGAGCGCAGACACGGUGGAGCAGUCAGACGCUCCAGCUGAACAGGCAGAGCAAAACGGGAUCGACUUCAAUCGACAAAUUAAGACAGAGAACAUCAACGACUCUCCUCAUUCAGCCUCCACACUGAAGACAUGUCACCUGACACAGAGCUUGCCGAUGUCUGGAGGUCAGCUGACUGGGGAGCUCACCUCUCUCCACACCAUGCAGCAGCUGGUUCUGAUGCCACCAGCUCACCUGUCAUCUUCGUCACCCUUCCUGCUCUCCCAGAGCCCCACCAGCCACCCAGCCCUUCUGCAGCAGAACAUGCUGUCCCAUCCUGGCCAGAGUCAAACCAGUCUGCUUCAGCAUCAACCUGGACUGGCUCUAACUCCACAGGCAAUGAAUCGUUCUGGUCUGGCAGGACCCUCUAUGGAGAACCACAUGGACAUGUCCCACCUGCAGAUGCCCAAACACAUGUCAAUACCACCACAGGAAGAACCCAGUGAUCUAGAAGAACUGGAGCAGUUUGCUAAAGCGUUCAAACAAAGACGCAUCAAACUGGGUUUUACUCAGGGAGAUGUGGGCCUUGCGAUGGGAAAACUGUACGGGAAUGAUUUCAGUCAGACGACAAUCUCUCGCUUUGAGGCUCUCAACCUUAGCUUCAAAAACAUGUGCAAACUCAAGCCUCUGCUGGAAAAAUGGCUGAGUGACGCAGAGAACUCACCUUCUGACUCGAUGAGCAACACUGCGUCUCUGGCGCCCCUGAUCGAGGGAUACGGGCGCAAACGAAAGAAGAGGACAAGCAUUGAAACAAACAUCAAAAUGACUCUGGAGAAACGUUUCAACGAUAACCCCAAGCCCAACUCAGAGGAGAUAACCUUAAUCUCCGAGCAGCUGUCCAUGGAGAAGGAGGUGGUUCGAGUUUGGUUCUGUAAUCGGCGUCAGAAGGAGAAGAGGAUCUACUGCCCAGUGGCUAGUUUAUCGGUCAAAUCACACAGCUACAACUCCAGAAUGGCCUCAGUGUCCAGAUCCUACAGCCCUCUGGCUUCAGGCGGAGUUUCAUCAAAUUCCUCUCCAAACAGCGUAAGCCGUGAAGCUUCUCCCAACAGUCUGUCUGCAGCCUCUGUCUCUUUAACGUCUCAGGUCAACCCAGCUUCCUACAGCACACCAGGGUCCUGGUACCGCACAUGGAAUCCUUCCGUAUAUCAUCACUGAGAAACAUGAACUGUAUCAUAUGAAGCUUUUGAAGAUUUUUGUUUUGUUUGAGAAGGAUGUACACUGAACACAAUGUUCCUGUUAUGAACAGGGUAACAACUACAGGCUUAACAUUAGAUGGACCCUUAAGACAAAACAGCAGCACACGCAGAGGACAGAAACACACCACACUGCUGUCAACACUCAAGCUCACGCAAGUCCUGACAGCCUUGAGCUGUUUGAUUUCUGUUCAUGUGACUCUUUUCUCUGCAUAAAUCAGCUUCAGCGAUGAAGAAUACACAGAAAAACACACCCACGACAGAUACAAAAACAAAACACUGGUGGGAAUGUUGGAUUUAAUAUUGUCAAGACUAAUUUGUUCAAAUGUUGAAGGAUUCAGGUCCAGAUUUGUUAAGAUUGUGUGCUAAGCUGUUCCUUUUGCCAUCUUUAUCCUGCACUAUAGUGAUCUCAGUUGUUGCUGUUAUUAUCUGUUUUCAUGUUCUUAUUAUAGUUAGUGUUGUGUUAGUGACUUUGAUGCAAUCCUACAUUGCUUACUGCCAGUCUGUCUAAAGAAAUAUGCAGCCAGAGCUAUGGGAUUUCAU